AUGGGUCAUUGGGCAAAGUGUCUUUUGUCUUUGGGAAAGUAUGGUCUGAAUGACUAUCAUCAAAAACUUGCAAGGCUGUCUUUUUUCAGGAUAAUUGAAAUCAAGUUUGAAUUCAGUGAGCCUUCACAGAUUAAGCUACAAUCAGAACGUCUCAUUUAUAAUCGGACAGAGUCGAUCAAUUUUUUUUACUUCCGGCCACAAGUUUAUCUCUCCAUGAGUACCACCGGUCCUGUGAAGCAUUCAGCCUGCUUAGGCCCGACUGGAGACCUGAGCCAGACAUCCUCAAGGGUGUCCACCCUGCCUGCCUGGAUGCCUCCAGCGGGUUCAGGCAACUGCAACUGGUUUUACCUGAUCCGGGAUCCUCCCGGGGAGCGCGCAGCUCCCGGGUGUGGAAACCGCGCCAGCCCAGUGCGGCUCUGGCCUCCUGACCCAGACUGCGCAGGGCGCGAGGGAUCGCGUGGCCCAGCUCGGGUCGCGCCGCCGCCAGCCUCGGGGCCGCCCGCCAAGAGUUCGAGGCCUCCCCGAUCCGGAUGUGAUGAAAAGGAGCAACAGAGCGAGAAGUGUUUCGGGAGUGUAGGAGUGGUGGAAGCGGGAAAGAGAGGCAGAGGGGGAAUAGGCCCUCUCGGAGGGGAACUGGCCGGAGCGAGCUGGCUGGAAAGAGGGGGCGGAGUGCGCGGAGUCAGAGGAGCCGCCGCCGCUGCCGCAGUUGCCGCCACUGCGGCGUCUGGGCUGAGCCGGAGGGAGGCGGGAGGGACGCGCAGGGGCGGCCGCCGCAGUCGUCAGGCCACCCGGGAGAACUGCGGCCGCUGCCCGAGCCUCGCUAACUUUCCGGGGCGGAGAGGAGGCGGAGGAAGGGGCUUGGAGCGCGUGGGGGGGGGAUGCCGAGGUAGGUGGUGGUCUCCGGGCCGGGAAGAGGAGGGGCGCGCGGCGGAGGCGGGCGGCGGCCGGCUGGGCUCCCCGGCCCAGGGAAAAUGUGAUAAAGACAGUAUUGAGAAAGAUAUAACUCAAGAUACCAAUAGCCACUUCACACAUGGAGAGCUGCAAGACCAGUCCAUUUGGGGGAAUCCUUCGGAUGGGGAACUCAUCAGAACCCAACCUCAGAGCUUGCCUCAGCUUCAAACUUCAGCACAGGAACUGAGUGAGGAGGAGAUAGGCCAGAUAAGGAACGGCCACUCGAGUCUGAGCAAUGGAAAUGGAAUUCACCACGGGGCCAAACAUGGAUCCGCAGAUAACCGCAAACUUUCAGCACCUGUUUCUCAAAAAAUGCACAGAAAAAUUCAGUCCAGCUUGUCUGUAAACAGUGAUAUCAGUAAGAAGAAUAAAGUAAAUGCUGUCUUUUCCCAAAAGACAGGCUCUUCACCUGAAGAUUGUUGUGUCCACUGUAUCCUGGCGUGCUUGUUCUGCGAAUUCCUGACCCUCUGCAAUAUUGUCCUGGGACAAGCGUCUUGUGGCAUCUGCACCUCGGAAGCCUGCUGCUGUUGCUGUGGAGAUGAAAUGGGGGAUGACUGUAACUGCCCUUGUGAUAUGGAUUGUGGCAUCAUGGAUGCCUGUUGUGAGUCAUCAGACUGUUUGGAAAUCUGUAUGGAAUGCUGUGGAAUUUGUUUUCCUUCAUAAAUAUUUAUCUUUUGUUUGUGUUAAAA